UAAUAGGUCUUUUGUUUUGAUCGGAACUAAGUUUAUGAAAAGGUGAAGGUUGUAAUACAGUAAACUUGACAAACCAGACAGCGUUACCGGUGAGCAAAGGGGCACCUGUGGUUAAUUAAAUAUCUUAGCUGACAUGGCAUCUGGACAACAGUCAAUAUUUAUGAAACAACUCAAGGAAAUGACCCUAGUUGUGGGUGGAGGGCUGGGACUGUUUGCAGGAUCUCAGAUCUACACAGGGAAUGAGCGAUUCUACAGGGACUAUGUGAUGCCAUGUCUAUCUCGCUGCCUGGACCCAGAGCGGGCCCACGAUCUUGCUGUCCUUGUGGCCAAACAUGGCAUGGUGCCUAAACAGAAAGCUCCGGAUCCUCCAUGUUUGCACACCACGGUCUGGGGAAGGGAGUUCUGCAACCCAGUCGGCCUGGCAGCAGGGUUUGACAAGGACGGGGUGGCAGUGGACGGCAUGUUAAAGGCGGGGUUUGGGUUUGUGGAAGUCGGGAGCGUUACACCACAACCACAGCCUGGCAACCCAAAACCAAGACUGUUCCGACUGAUGGAGGACAAGGGGGUUAUUAAUAGGUUUGGGUUCAACAGUGAUGGCCAUGCAGCAGUGAGUAAAAGACUACAAGCAAGGAAAGACCACACCACUUCAGAUGCACCCUACCAACCCUACAUAUCCGAAGAACGCAAUAUGUUAAAUAUAAAUAUGUGGACGGACACACAGAGUCCGGAAACUACAAAGAUUCUUUCCAAAAGUGGAUCUGGCAUAGUGGGUGUUAACCUUGGAAAAAAUAAGACAUCCCCCAGCCCUAUAGAUGAUUACGUAGAAGGCCUAAAAGAGUUUUCUCCCUUGGCUGAUUACCUCGUUAUCAACGUCUCUAGUCCAAACACGCCUGGUCUCCGGAGUAUGCAAGGAAAGGAGCAGCUUGAAGAGCUUAUAUCUCGGGUUUCUGAAGAAAGGAAGUCCAUGAAAAGCGAGCGCCAGCCUCCACUGCUGGUAAAGAUUGCUCCCGAUCUCAGUGAGGCUGAUAAGAAAGACAUUGCUGAGGUGGUGAUGAAAGUACCGGGUAGGAUAGAUGGUCUUAUAGUCAGCAACACAACCGUAUCCCGGCCUGAUAGCCUUCAGAGCUGUAACAAGGAGGAGCAGGGGGGCCUGAGUGGGGAACCAUUACGACAACUUGCCACACAGACCCUGGCUGAUAUGUACAGGCUUACAAAUGGGCAAGUGCCCAUCAUAGGUGCUGGUGGGGUGGCCAAUGGAGCCGAUGCCUAUGAGAAAAUACGGGCAGGUGCCAGUCUGGUGCAGCUCUACUCCGCGCUGGUGUACCAGGGUCCACCGGUCGUCACUCGCAUCAAGAGGGAGCUAGCAGAACUCUUGCAGCGUGAUGGACUCACAAGCGUGUCACAAGCCGUGGGAGCAGAUGUAAAGGAUGUGAAGUCAUAGCAGUAUUGGACUAGUUAUAUAGCACAAGACUAUCAGAGUGUAAGGUGCGCUGACAGCAAAUGCCACACAUAAGCUGUCAAAAAAAAUAUCACUAUCAUGAAUAUCACAUUGUGAAAGACACUGUUCUAUGGUGAAUGAUGUAAUGACCUUUACUGACUUGAUCAUUUUAUCGAGGGAUAGAACUUAGUAAAAUGACAUUUAAUUUUGAUACACAUGUAUAUUGAAUAUUGCUAAUAUUUAUUAUAUUAAGUAUUGAAUUCGCAAUCGAUCUUCAUGGAAUUUUGCAUUUGCCCCAGUUUAUUUUAACUCUCAUUAGCCAACUUGCUAGUGCAAGUUAAAAGACUACAUGUAUGAGUGGCAUCGAUGUUUAUAAUGUUAUUUUGUAAUUUCAUGUCCUUAAAUAAAAUGGAAAUACUUA